AUGACGAGCCACGGCGGACAAAGACCGUGGUGGAGGCCAAGCAAUAGGCAACGGCCACGACGGCUCUAUCUGCCGCCCCAGACACUCAGUCUUGACUCGCUGGCCCUGCUACUUGGCCUAUCUGGCUGCUCGUGCUCAGCUCAAUGGCUAAGACUGUCUAGCAACCCCGGCAUCCUGCCCUGCGGCCUCAACCCAAAACCGGAAAUUGCGUGGAACUUGAAGCCCGAUUCCAUCGCCCUCAUCCCGCUGACCCUAGGAUCUGUUUGGGUACAAGCAGCUCGGCAAAUGGGAGCUUCAAGAUGGAAAGACCCAUACAAACCGGCGCAAUCUUCCACCCAUAUUGACAACCAGCAGCCGCUGUUGCUCGACUUCAUCUCUAAGGAGGAAAACCGCCCUCAACAUCGCCACCAUCCUCCCCGCCAAGCGCACCAACAUCCCCUCAAUCUCCAUGACCGUCAAGCCCCACCUCAUCUCAAUCCCACAAACCAUCCUGCCUCAAAUCCACCGCCAAAUCCGUCCAACCAACCAGGCGCACAAAAACCCAACAGAAAUCAGCAAAGGAAACACUUUGGAUCGAAACUAACCGAUCAGGGUGUAUCCAGUCAGGAUCCUGAAACCUCCACACCCACCAACCCCGUCGAUCUAAGCUCACUUUCCCUCUCGGCACGCUUGAUCGUCGAGUUAUCCUCGUCAACCUACGACUGUUCGAUCUGCAUCUCUCCCGUCGGGCCGUAUCAUCCGAUCUACCAUUGCCCGAAUUGUUAUGCAAUCUUCCACCUCAAGUGCUCCACCAAAUGGGCAUCCUGUUCGGUCGCAGACACCUCUUCGAAAGCCAUACUGCUCCGAGAUCGUGAUCGGAUCCCCUGUUCAGAAGAGGCGCUCAAGGGUGAAUGGCGAUGCCCAGGAUGCCAGGAUCGUCAGAUCGGCCAAGAUUCAAUCCCAAAAAAGUAUACCUGCUGGUGCGGCAAACUCGAGAACCCGACCUCACGGAACAAUAAUCAUCAUCAAGCCGCUCGCCCACGGUCGAAGAUCCCCCACGGGUGCGGCCAACGAUGCGGCAAGGUCUCCGCUAAAGGAUGUGUUCACACCUGUAUGGAGGAGUGCCAUCCGGGUAGCUGUCCUCCUUGUCCAGCGGUCAUCAAAACCAACUGUUACUGCCAAAAGACUGAGCUAUCGAUUCGCUGUAGCCAACUUUACAAUAACUCUACCCACUUGGAACCGGUGAAUCCCGAACUGUUAUCUUGCGGCCAAGUUUGUAAUCACGAGCUGUCAUGUGGUUUACACUCUUGCAAACGGCCCUGUCAUCCAGAGGAAUGCGAAGAAUGCCCGGUCGUCCGACAGAAAUCGUGUUAUUGCCGAGCCGUCGUACUGUCUGACCAAAGGUGCUCUGAUCAGGUCGUUCAACACCCUCUCUCGCUUCAGUCUGUGCCAGAGAAAUUCAAUUGCGUCUCUAAGGAUGAAUCCGCGUGGCUUGGUGAAUUCUCUUGCAACGAUCCUUGUACCUGGAAGUAUGACUGCGGCAUUCACUCUUGCGAAUCCACUUGUCAUCCACAUCUGGUCUCCACGCCCCCUCCUUGUCCAUUCUCGCCCGAACUAGUCACGACUUGUCCCUGUGGUGCCACCUCAUUAACCAAUCGUCAAGCCUGUUCAGAUCCGAUCUCGACGUGUCGCAAUCCAUGCGGAAAAUUGAUCGCUUCUUGCGGACACGCCUGUCCGAACAUUUGUCAUCUCGGGCCUUGUGGACCCUGCAAGUCUCUGGUCACGACUGUCUGCAACUGCGGGAGAGACAAAAUCGUCCGGCAAUGUAUCGAACUCGAACAGCUGAAGGAAUCGGCCGUACUCGAAAACGAACUGAAGAUCCCCAGCGAGCGGAAAGAUAUCGAGACUGUGACGCUUUCGGCGAUCGAGUAUCGCUGUGAAAGACCUUGUAGGGUGCUGAGGCAUUGUGGAAAACAUACAUGUCAUCGUCGUUGUUGUCCUCUCUCCUUCUUGGAAAAUGUCCUCCAUACCGGCAGUAAAAAUAAGAAAUCGCAAGCGGCUCGUCAUCACGAAGAUGAGGAUCCACUUGGAUUACAUCUCUGUGAUUUGAAGUGUAACAAGAAACUAUCCUGCGGAUUACAUUCUUGUCAAUUGCAGGAUCACAAAGGCCCUUGUCCGACUUGUUUGCAGGCGAGUUUUGAUGAACUGUUUUGUCAUUGUGGCGCAACAGUUAUUCAACCUCCAGUACCAUGUGGAACCAAGAUCGACUGUCAUGCGCCUUGUCAGAGACCUCCGCCGUCCUGUGGCCAUCCCAAGCCUUCGCACACUUGCCAUGAGGAACCCGACUGCCCUCCUUGUCCUUACCUGACUGAAAAAGCCUGCCAGUGCGAUAAGAAAAAACUCGUGAAAAACGUCCGGUGCUCGCAGCCUAAAGUAUCCUGUGGUUCCACGUGCGACAAUCUGUUGGCUUGUGGUGCCCAUCGCUGUUCCCGUCAAUGUCACCCCGCUGGUCAAUGUGAAUCGUGCGAUCGAGAAUGUCUGAAGCCUAGAAAACAUUGUGGGCAUGGAUGUCAGCAGAAAUGCCACGCGCCAUCCGCAUGUCGAACAGAAGAGCCAUGCGAAGCACCAAUUACUAUCCAAUGCAUAUGUGGUCGGAUCACUCAACAGAUCAAAUGUACAAGCUGCGAUGCCCGACCAGAAGGAAAUCAAGAACGAGGAUUGAAAUGCAACGAUGAUUGUAUCCUGUUCCAAAGAAACAUGGCGGUGGCCAAUGCCCUUCAGAUCACCAAACCUUCAUCCGCUGAGAGUCAGCCGCCAGGCGCUAUCGAGUGGAGCUCUCGACUGUUGAAUUUCUUUGGGACUCACGCCUUAUUCGCUAGAGCGAUCGAAAGACAACUCGCAGAAUUCUUGAAAUCCGAACUUAGUACCAGAUCGGGCUCAUCCAAGAACUCGCUCAUCAUCUCGACGUUUAGUAAACUCAAGCAAGCCUUCCUUCUCGAGUUUGUCGCGAAUUACCGGAUCAAACCAGACACCAUUGGUGAAGAGCCCCGAUUUACUGUCAAGCUUGUCAAAGAUUCCAGCUCUUGUUUACCGAGUCCUUUACUUUCACAAGCUCAUGCCAAUCAUCCUGAUCCGAACAAGGCCUCGGCAUACCAAGACAAAUCGGGCGGUUUCUCAGGAUCAGGAACAACGCUCCUUCGGCUCCCCGGGAGCACACAAUCAUCCAGCAAAGCCUUUUCUUCGGUUCUUGGGGAACGUGAUCAAUCGGCGACUUGCGCUCCCAACCAAAUCCUGGCGAUCUUGUUCAAAGGCGUGUUUGGCCACGAUCAUCAAUCACUGACCAGGUUGAUCGAAUCUGCUUUGGAUCUCAAGAGUUUGAAUCCGAAAGCUAAUCAGAUCAAGGUUUCUUUAAACUGGGUCAACGACGAGGAUGUCUUGUUCCGAGUAACAGCGGGAACUAGGACGGAUUUCGAAGAAUUGCAAACGACUUAUAAAUCUUUAGUGCUCUCUUUCUCUCAAUCAGAAUCCGAAGAGUCUUUGAUUUCAGAUCGAAAGAAAUUCUAUCAAUCGAUCGUGAUGGUCAAAGUUCAUCUACUAGAAGACAUUCAUAGCAAUGAUGAAGGACACGAGGACGGAUUGAAGAUCAAGAAGAUAGAACCGAUCGUAACGCCUCCAAUGGUCACCGAAGACUGCCAUCAAGGCUGGAAGUCCUCUGCUUCUGCUUCUAGUAAGAAACUAAACUCGAAACUUUUCGACCACAGUCAGCAGAACCAGAACCGCGCAUUGACUAAUCGGUUCAGCUCACUGCUGGCGUCUUCUUCGGCGCCCGUCAGUCGUGCAUCCACGCUUCUCCACCAAUCCUCAUCGACUUCUACUGCUGUCGGUCACUUUUCUGGAGGCGUUAUUUCAGGCGGAUUCAAUAGACCUCCGAUUGCAGUGCUUGCCCCGAUCGCCUCGUCCAGUCGUUCGCUUGGGCCUCGUAAUCAUAGUGGCACUUUGAGUAAACAGAAAGUCGAAGAGGAAGAUGUUGUGGAUGACUGGGAAACUGCGAUUUGA